GGGACGCGCAUGCGCAGGAAGAACUGCGACGGCUGAGCGAUGAAGCGAGUAUUUUCUUUGACAGAAAAGAGUUUGCUUGGAUUUCCUAUCCAGUAUGUCUGGCAGAAGGCAUUAGGAAAUUACAUUGCAGUUACAGGAGCAUCUCAUACUGUUAAAAUCUAUGAUCGUCAUGGACAGAAGAAAGAUGAAAUUAAAUUAUCUGGUGCUUGUUAUGCCAUGGACUGGGACAAAGAUGGAAAUGCUUUGGCAAUCAUCGCUGAUAAAUCGAGUUCAAUCUACUUGUGGGAUCCCAAUACAAUGAAAACCAGCAUGCUAGAUAGUGGUAUGAGGGAUCAGAUGUCUUUCUUGCUGUGGUCAAAGGCCGGGGCAUUACUAGCUGUUGGAACAUCAAAAGGGAGUUUGCUUGUUUAUAAUCUGCAGACGUCACGUAAAAUUCCUGUGCUUGGUAAACACACCAGACGUAUAACAUGUGGCUGCUGGAGCUCUCAGAACUUGCUAGCCCUGGGCAGCGAAGACAAAAUGAUCACUGUCAGCAAUCAGGAAGGAGACACCAUAAGACAGACGGCUGUAAGACUAGAACCUAGUGAUAUACAGUUUUCUGUGAUGAAGACUGAUGAACGAGCAUCACCAGGAGAGAGUACAAUAAGUGUUGUAGUGGGAAAGAAAACCUUGUUUCUGUUCAAUUUGAAUGAUCCGGACAACCCCAUAGAACUGGCCUUCCAGCAGCGCUAUGGAUCCAUUGUUACCCACAGAUGGUAUGGUGACGGUUACAUCAUGAUUGGCUUCUCCCUUGGAUUUUUUGUUGUGAUUUCCACCCACAUGCGUGAAAUUGGUCAGGAGCUAUUCCAGGCUCACAACCACAACGAUAACCUAACAAGCAUUGCCAUAUCACAGUCCCUAAACAAGGCCGCAUCAUGUGGGGACAACUGUAUCAAAAUCCAUGACUUGGCUGAACUUAAAGACAUGUACGCCAUCAUAAACCUGGACGAUGAAACGAAAGGUUUAGACAGACUUUCCUGGACAGAUGAUGGCCAAUUAUUGGCUGUGUCAACACAGCGAGGCUCACUCAGCGUCUUCUUAACCAAGCUUCCAGUACUCGGGGAUACCUGUGGCACUAAAAUUGCAUAUCUCACCUCUCUCCUUGAUGUCACUGUGGUUAACCAUGUGGAAGGAGAAGUGCCAAUCACGGUGUCUGUGGAGGUGGAGCCCAAUUUCCUUGCCGUUGGUCCAUAUCAUUUAGCUGUAGGCAUGAAUAACCGCGCUUGGUUCUAUGCUCUCUCAGAAAAUGGUGUGGAUAAGUUAAAGGACACGGAGUACCUGGGAUCAGUGGCCAGCAUGAGUUUAAAUUCAGACUAUGCUGCAGCUCUUUUUGAGGGAAAAGUUCAGCUUCACAUGAUUGAAAGUGAUGGCCUUGAUCAGGAGGAAAGAGAGACAAGACUUUUUCCAAAAACUGACGACACUUAUCGAAUUCUGUGCCACGCUCUCACUGGGGAUUUUCUGAUCUACGGGACGAAUACCGGGCUUAUUAAGUACUUCUACCUUGAAGACUGGCAGUUUGUCAAUGAAUAUCGGCACAAUGUGAGUGUGAAAAAGAUCUUUCCUGAUGCUUCUGGAACUCGACUGGUUUUAAUUGAUGAGAAAGCAGAUGGUUUUGUGUAUUGUUCAAUGAAUCAUAAUUUGUAUGAAAUUCCAAAUUUUUCUCCCACAAUUAAAGGCAUUUUAUGGGAAAAUUGGCCUGUGGAUAAAGGUGUAUUCUGUGCCUAUGAUGAGGAUAAAAUAUAUACGUAUGUUUUUCAUAAAGAUACAAUACAAGGUUCCAAAGUGAUUUUAGCAGGAGGUACUAAACUUCCAUUCUCUCACAACCCUGUUCUACUCCACAAUGGAGAACUAACCUGCCAGACACAGAGUGGAAUAUUAAGCAACAUCUACCUAACCACUCACAGCUUCAUCAGCAGUCUCACAGAUGCAGCGCCCAGUGACUUGAAGAAAAUGCUAACGCAAACGUUAAUGCUGCGACGCUUUUCUGAUGCUUGGGAAGUGUGCAAACUGCUAGAUGACCAAGCAAGUUGGAAUGAACUGGCCAGAGCCUGCUUGCAUCACAUGGAUGUGGAGUUUGCUAUUCGGGUUUACCGUACCAUUGGAAACGUUGGCAUGGUUAUGUCACUUGAACAAAUCAAGGGCAUAGAGGAUCACAAUCUUCUAGCAGGGCACCUUGCCAUGUUUUCAAGUGACUUUAACCUAGCCCAGGAUCUAUAUCUAGCAUCGAGCAGCCCUGUUUCUGCACUGGAGAUGAGACGGGACUUGCAGCACUGGGACAGCGCCCUGCAACUGGCUAAACGCUUGGCUCCCAAUCAGAUUUCAUUCAUUUCAAAGGAGUAUGCCAUGCAGCUUGAGUUCACGGGGGACUAUGUGAAUGCACUCGCUCAUUAUGAAAAAGGAAUCACUGGAGAUAACAAGUUUCAGGAACACGAUGAAACUUGCCUGGCUGGUGUGGCUCGCAUGUCAAUCCGAAUGGGAGAUAUUCGACGUGGUGUUAAUCAGGCUCUCAAACAUCCCAGCAGACUUCUAAAGAAGGACUGUGCUGCCAUCUUGGAGAGCAUGAAGCAAUUCUCAGAAGCUGCACAACUGUAUGAGAAGGGACAAUAUUAUGACAAAGCAGCCUCUGUUUAUAUUCGCUGUAAGAACUGGGCAAAAGUUGGAGAGCUGCUUCCCAACGUGUCUUCUCCCAAGAUCCACUUACAGUACGCAAAGGCAAAGGAAGCUGAUGGAAGAUAUAAGGAGGCUGUCAUCGCUUAUGAAAAUGCCAGAGACUGGGAUAAUGUGAUUCGAAUCUAUCUGGACCACUUGAAUAAUCCUGAGAAGGCUGUAGGCAUUGUGAAAGAGACACAGUCACUUGAGGGAGCAAAGAUGGUAGCCAGGUUUUUCCUUCGUCUUGGUGACUAUGGGUCAGCUAUCCAGUUUCUGGUUCUGUCCAAAUGCAACGAUGAAGCAUUCCAGCUGGCUCAGCAGCACAACCAGAUGGAGAUUUAUGCGGAUGUUAUCAGCUCUGAGAAUACCAGUAAUGAAGAUUACCAAAGUAUAGCUUUAUAUUUCGAAGGAGAAAAGAAGUAUUUCCAAGCAGGGAAGUUCUUCUUACUUUGUGGCCAACAUGCACGCGCACUGAAGCACUUCUUAAAAUGCUCAAACACUGAGGAAGACAUGGCAAUAGAAAUGGCUAUUGAAACCGUUGGGCAGGCGAAAGAGCAGCUUUUAACCAAUCAACUCAUAGACUAUCUGAUGGGUGAGAGCGAUGGCAUGCCAAAGGAUGCAAAGUACCUGUUCCGCCUGUAUAUGGCAUUGAAGCAAUAUAGAGAGGCAGCCAGGACUGCAAUUAUAAUUGCCAGAGAGGAACAAUCCGCAGGUAAUUAUCGCAAUGCACAUGAUGUCCUAUUCAGCAUGUACACCGAGCUGAGAACACACAAAAUUAAGAUCCCAACUGAAAUGGCUACAAAUCUGAUGAUCUUGCACAGCUAUAUUUUAGUCAAGAUCCAUGUAAAACGUGGAGACCACAUGAAAGGUGCUCGUAUGCUGAUACGUGUGGCCAACAACAUCAGUAAAUUCCCUUCCCAUGUUGUCCCAAUCCUUACAUCCACAGUUAUUGAGUGUCAUAGAGCUGGCCUUAAAAACUCUGCCUUUAGUUUUGCCUCCAUGCUCAUGAGACCGGAGUAUCGAAACAAAAUAGACAUCAAGUACAAGAAGAAGAUUGAGGCAAUGGUUAGGCGACCAGAUAACACAGAGGUUGAAGAAGAAACCAGUCCUUGUCCUUUCUGUGGUUUUCAGCUCCCAGAAUGUGAACUUCUGUGUCCUGGCUGCAAGAAUAACCUCCCAUACUGCAUUGCAACAGGUCGUCACAUGGUUAAGGAAGACUGGUGUGCUUGCCCACAUUGUGAUUUUUCAGCCAUAUACACAGAAUACAAAAUGUUGCUGGACUCUGAAACGACAUGCCCCAUGUGCUCAGAGAGAGUAACAGCUAGUCAGCUGAAAAGAGUGAAUGACUGCUCAUCAUAUCUUCAACAGGAUCAGGAGGAACCGUAAAACACUUGGUCACGGGAAUAUCACAUCUUUCAGAGAAACGGAUUUCUGAUCUGUCGUUUGUAUCUUCCUCUCUAGAUCUUACCUUAGAAUGCAACGCUGGAAUAUAUAUCAAUAUUCUUUGAAA